AUGGCCUUCUCCCAGGUGCAGUGUCUGGACGACAGCCACGUGAACUGGCGCUCCAGCGAAUCCAAGCCGGAGUUCUUCUACAGCGAGGAGCAGCGGCUGGCCCUGGAGGCCCUGGUGGCCCGUGGCCCCGAGGCCUUCUACGAGGUGCUAAAGCGGGAGAACAUCCGCGACUUUCUCUCGGAGCUGGAACUCAAGCGCAUCUUGGAGACUAUCGAGGUGUACGACCCGGGCUCUGAGGAUCUUCGGGGUACCAGCAGCCGCUCCCCGGGGACCCAGGUCAACGGGGUGGGUGAUGGAGAGGAAACCAGUGGGGCAGAUGGGACCCCCACUGAGGCGGAGCCGCUGCCACUGCCCUCGCUGGAGUACUGGCCCCAGAAGUCYGACCGCUCCAUCCCACAGCUGGACCUAGGCUGGCCCGAUACCAUCGCCUACCGCGGAGUGACCAGGGCCAGCGUCUAUAUGCAGCCCCCCAUAGACGGGCAGGCCCACAUCAAAGAGGUGGUGCGCAAGAUGAUCAGCCAGGCCCAGAAGGUGAUAGCUGUGGUCAUGGACAUGUUUACUGACGUGGACAUCUUCAAAGACCUGCUGGAUGCUGGCUUCAAGAGGAAGGUGGCUGUGUACAUCAUUGUGGAUGAGAGCAACGUCAAGUACUUCCUGCACAUGUGUGAGCGGGCCCGCAUGCACCUGGGACACCUCAAGAAUCUUAGGGUACGCAGCACUGGGGGAACUGAGUUCUUCACACGAUCAGCCACCAAGUUCAAGGGCGCCCUGGCCCAGAAGUUCAUGUUCGUGGAUGGAGACCGGGCUGUGUGCGGCUCCUACAGUUUCACGUGGUCAGCUGCCAGGACAGACCGGAACGUGAUCUCCGUGCUGUCUGGCCAGGUGGUGGAGAUGUUUGACCGGCAGUUCCAGGAGCUGUACCUCAUGUCUCAGAGCGUCAACCUCAAGGACAUCCCCAUGGAGAAGGAGCCGGAGCCAGAACCCAUCGUGCUACCGUCUGUAGUCCCCCUGGUAUCCACGGACACCGUGGCCAAGAAGCUCGUCAACCCCAAGUAUGCUCUGGUCAAGGCCAAGAGCGUCGAUGAGAUUGCCAAGACCUCCUCCGAGAAAGAGGAGACGAAGCGACCCCCAGGGCUGCGGGGCCCCAUGCUGGCUGAGCGGCCAGGGGGGGAUUUCCCUGAGCUGCUGCCACCUGUCCAUCCGGGACUGCUCAACCUGGAGAAGGCCAAUAUGUUUGAAUACCUGCCCACCUGGGUAGAGCCGGACCCGGAGCCUGGCAGUGACAUCCUGGGCUACAUCAACAUUAUCGACCCCAAUAUCUGGAACCCCCAGCCCAGUCAGAUGAACCGCAUCAAGAUCCGGGACACUUCCCAUGCCAGUACCCAGCACCAGCUGUGGAAACAGAGCCAGGAACGACGCCCCUCCCCAGAGCCCUGCCCACCCCCAGGGCCCAGUGACCCCCACGAUGGGGUCCCAGCUGAGAAUGGUCUUCCCCGGGGAGACCCCGAGCCUCAGCUCCCUGUGCCGAAGCCCCGGACAGUCCCCGUGGCAGACCUGCUUGCCCAGGACGGCAGUGACGUGGACUGGGCUCUGGAGACCCCGAAAGAGGAGACACCUCCAAAUGGGACAGACCUCAGGCUACCCAGGACGGUGGACCCAAGCCAUCCCCCACUCCAGCGGCAGCUGUCUGUGACCCAGGAUGACCCCGAUGGCAUUGGGUCCGUGUUCCCCAAUGGGCUGGAUGGUGGGGAAGAAGAGGAAGACGAUGAUGACUACGUGACUCUCAGUGACCAGGACAGCCUCUCGGGCAGCUCYGGCCAUGGCCCUGGACUCCGGCGGCCCUCUGUGGCCUCUUCCAUGUCGGAUGAAUACUUUGAGGUGAGGGAGCGCUCAGUCCCUCUUCGAAGGCGCCACUCAGAGCAGAUGGCCAAUGGACCAGCCCAACCACCCCGCCGGCAGCUGAGCGUACCCCACAUAACCCGAGGGACCUUUGGUGGACCCCUGGGCAGCUCCCCAUGGGCACAUGGUCGGGGGAGAGAAGAGGCAGAUGCAUCAAGGAAGAUGCAGGCCCAGCGCUCUGCAGACAAGGCGGCACAGGGCCAGCAAUUCCACCGUGAUGGCCCUGCCUCAAAGACCCCAGGAGGUCCCCGGUACCGCCCUGCUGCUGAUGGCGCCCAGAGCUCUCCCAGGAAAGUGACCCUGGCCUCAGUAGGCCCCCAGCACUGGCAGCCCAAGGGCAGCCCGACAGCCCGCAUACUGCCCGAUCCCCGGAGCCCGAGGCCAACACGAAACACCCGCAUCUUGGCUGAUAGCAGAGCCACUGAGGAGCGUCCGAGUCCCUUUGGAAUCCCAUUUUCCAAACUGUCCCAGUCAAAGCACCUAAAAGCCAGGUCGGGGGGUAGCCAGUGGGCCUCGUCUGAUUCUAAGCGGAGGGCCCAGGCACCUCGGGACCACAAGGACCCCUAG